AUGAACUUUUUGAACCGCCAGAUGUUCGCGCAGGCCGCUCGCAUGUCUCGUAUGCAUGGUGUACGCAGCUACUCUACCACCCCCAGCACCGCGCAGGGCCUUGCUGCGCGUGCGCAGAACCUUGGUGCCUCGAUCCUGAAGGUGGCAGAGCGUGCUCUUGGCUCGUACGCUGAGCCUGUUGUGUACAACCUCAAGGUGGCUGGUUCGCUGGCCAAGCAGGUUUACAUUGCUGAGAAGCUUGCUCCGCCGUCGUCUUUCCAGCAGGUUGCGUCUGCGUACCGCCAGAUCUGGUCGCAGGUGUCCAACCCUUCGUUCUGGACGCACUCGCUCCCGGCUGGCCAGUGGCGUACGGUGCUCCUGUACGGUGUUGAGGCUCUGGGUAUCUUCUCGAUUGGCGAGAUUAUUGGCAAGCGUAGCCUUGUCGGCUACAAGAUCAAGACUUCGUCGGAGGAUGCGCACCACCACUAA